CUUUGACCUUUGACCCUGCCAACAUGGCGUCAAAAGACAAGUACUCGGUACUGCUGCCGACAUAUAACGAGAGGGAAAACCUGCCCCUGAUUGUCUGGUUACUUGUAAAAUACUUCACGGAAAGUGGAUAUGACUUUGAGAUCAUCAUCAUUGACGAUGGAAGUCCUGAUGGAACACUGGAGGCAGCAAAACAACUGGAAAAGAUUUAUGGCAAAGAUAAAAUUGUGUUAAGACCAAGAGAAAAGAAACUUGGACUGGGCACAGCCUACAUUCAUGGUGUAAAACAUGCAACAGGAAAUUUCGUGAUUUUAAUGGAUGCUGAUAUGUCACACCAUCCGAAAUUCAUUCCAGAAUUCAUCAAGAAACAGAAGGAAGGAGAUUUUGAUCUUGUGUCGGGUACAAGGUAUAUAGGAAAUGGAGGAGUGUUUGGAUGGGACUUCAAGCGGAAACUUGUCAGCCGAACAGCAAACUACAUAACACAGGUGUUACUGAGACCUGGAGCUUCAGAUCUGACCGGCAGCUUUAGACUGUACAGGAAAGAGGUCCUUCAGAAGCUGGUGGAGGCAUGUGUGUCCAAGGGCUACGUUUUCCAGAUGGAGAUGAUUAUUCGGGCUAGACAGUUCAACUAUUCUAUAGGAGAGGUACCAAUAACCUUUGUUGACCGAGUGUAUGGUGAAUCCAAGCUAGGACAGAGUGAGGUGUUUGGCUUCCUGAAGGGACUGCUGUACCUUUUUGCUACCACAUAACAUUAUACAGACUGUUACACUCUUGGUUUAUAUAAUAAAUAAUAAUAAUAAUAAUAAUACUGGACGCAGGCAAUAUGCCUAUAUAUCCAGAUCUGGAAUAUCGUCAGACACUAUAUGAGAGAGCCACAAUAAAACUAUUUGUUACAUAACUCGU